AUUUGUUAAUUCCCUGCACCGCACCCCACGUUUGGUAUCUCUUUCACUUUAAAUUCCCACAGAAACUAAUAACUAUGGCGGUGUUGCAUCAUCAACUCAUGAAAAUGCUUCUCGUUCAAUUGCUGAGGGUGGCUUGGGUUGCUGGCACCUUACCCAUCAUCAUCGCUUCUAUUCCCACUUCCAAGCUGAGUUGGCUCCGUAGAACCUUGUUGGGUUUUGCUGGCAGAGGAAAAACCAUGCACUCUUCGUCCCAAAAAUUCACCAUUCCUCAAAGGUUCUUCUUGCACUUCUACGCUGUGGCUUCCAUAUGGACAACGUUGUUACUUGUUGCAACUUGGGUAUAUGCCUAUAGCAUGGUACCAAUGGUUGCAGAGCCGUUUUCGUAUUCGACUAUCACCAGUUUCUUGACUGGGGGUUCUUCUAUAAGAACUGGUUCAUCUAAAUUGAGGCUGAGCUAUGUGGCUUGGCAAGCUGUUUUUCUGCUUUUGUUGAUGGAAGCUCAAGUCCUAAGGCGCCUUUAUGAAACCAUACAUGUUUUCAACUAUAGCCCCUCUGCUCGCAUGCAUGUACUUGGUUAUCUUACUGGAUUGUUUUUCUACAUAGCAGCGCCACUGUCACUCUGCGGUGAUUGUGCUGUAGAGGUGUUUGAGUUCCUAUCAAAUCUAGUGACUGAAUUCAUUGUCAGAGGCAAGAAUCAGAUGCCAAUACCAGAGUUAGAAUUCUGGCAAGUUAUAAAUCCCCUCAUCAAGCUUGGGUGGAAGCAUUGGAUUGGUGCAGCUGUUUUUCUGUGGGGUUGGAUUCAUCAAUAUCAGUGCCAUAAAAUUCUUGGUUCUCUACGAGUUUCAAGACAAGCAGAGGAAUAUGUAAUUCCUCAUGGUGAUUGGUUUGAAAUCGUUUCCUCUCCACAUUAUCUGUCAGAAAUCGUUAUAUACGCUAGUUUUGUGGUCGCUACUGGAGGAUCCAACCUUACAAUCUGGUUACUUUUUGUUUUUGUGGUGGCAAAUCUGACAUUUGCAGCAGCGGAAACACAUAUCUGGUAUCGUCAGAAAUUUGAAGACUAUCCAAGUGAUCGGUUCGCUGUAAUUCCAUUUAUUAUCUGAAGAUUCUGGGUUAAUGUGUACUUGAUACAAUUGAUUGCGGCAAAGAACUUCGUUGUUUCUUAAGAUGUACAUGCUAUUGUAUAAAUAGAGUUUUUUCGUUUUUGAGAACUUUAUAAUUACAUUACAAUGCUCAAUCGAUAUUUUUUGGCUAUUUUUUUUUUUUGGGCGUAAAAAUCGGAACAUUUUGGUAGGGUCAUCUUGUAAUAUGCUUAAUAUAAUGCCAUAAUACUAAAUAGUUGCGAAUGGAUCCAGCCUGAAAAUUCCGGUAAAUUUUGAUAGUUAUUUAUUUAUUUAUUUUUGGUCAAAAUUUUUAUAGUUAUUUAAAUUCUCAUUUGUUUCCACGACUUUGUGAAGAUAAUUUCUUGUAGUGCAUACUCCAUACUAAAUUGGAUCGAGUACUUUUGAUUGUUAUUUGUAAAAAGAAAAACUGUUACCAUUCAGAAACUUUUCAACUACACAUUUAUAAUGGCGAGGACUCCCAAAUAGAACAGUGGUAAAAGGGAUGGGAGUAAACAAUUUCAGCACCAAAAUAUUUUGCAAUCUCACCAAUUUUAGUUUGAAAGAUUUGACAAGGGCUAACCAUC